AUGAGACGCCCGUCUCUCUCUCUUCUUAUUACCUUGUUCCUCUAUCUGGCAUUGUCUUCUGCCAGAAUACUGGAAAAGGAUGCCACUGAGCAAGUCACCGCCGGCUCGCUUCAACAAGUGACUGGCUUUGGAAACAAUCCCUCUGGCACUCUCAUGUACAUCUAUGUCCCGAACAACUUGGCCACCAAUCCCGGAAUCGUCGUCGCGAUUCAUUACUGCACUGGCAACGCUGAGGCAUACUAUACCGGAUCUCCCUAUGCACAGCUAGCGGAGGAGUAUGGCUUUAUUGUCAUCUACCCUCAAAGCCCCUAUAGCGGGACCUGCUGGGACGUUAGCUCUCAGUCUGCUCUGACCCAUAAUGGCGGCGGGGAUAGCAACUCGAUCGCCAACAUGGUGACCUGGACCAUUAGUCAAUACAAUGCGGAUACCAGCAAAGUCUUCGUGACAGGAUCUAGCUCUGGGGCUAUGAUGACGAACGUCAUGGCAGCCACGUAUCCCAACCUAUUCGCAGCUGCGACGGUCUACUCCGGCGUUGGUGCUGGCUGCUUCUAUUCCUCUAGCAACCAAGUCGACGCGUGGAACAGCAGCUGCGCACUCGGCGACGUCAUUAGCACUCCCACCGUCUGGAGCGGCAUCGCCGAAGCCAUGUACCCCGGAUACUCUGGCUCACGGCCCCGAAUGCAGAUCUACCACGGCAGCGCCGACACGACUCUCUACCCACAGAACUACUACGAGACCUGCAAGCAGUGGGCCGGCGUCUUCGGAUACAACUAUGACUCUCCCCAGUCGACCCUAGCUAACACCCCGGAUGCCAACUACCAAACCACUAACUGGGGCUCUAAUCUCCAGGGCAUCUACGCGACGGGCGUCGGCCAUACAGUCCCCAUUCACGGAGCCCUGGACAUGGAAUGGUUUGGCUUCUCGACCAGUGGCUAG